CUUGCGCUGCGGCGGCGCCUCCCCCUCCCGAUGGAGGUCUCCGACGAGCUCCGGUCUCUAGAGGCCACCGGAAUCUACCGCCUUGCAGACUCCCGCGCCGCCUUCCUCGACCCGGUACGCCUCCUCAACGAAUCCUACCGACGCUUCCGCCUCGUCCCUUCCGCGUACUACUCCCGAAGCUUCGGCCCGUCGCAUCAGGGAGGCGACGCGGAGAGCGAGCGGACGGUGCCAUCUCCCAACCGGGAGAAGCGGAAGCGGAAGCGCCAGAAGAAGCCCCGGGAACUCAAUGCUGUGGAGCGGCUGGCUGAUGCACGGCACCAGGAAGCGAGGCCUUUGCUAAUUAGCGCCCACGAUUCACUCCUUAAGGCGAAGGAUCUACUGGAGUUCCUUCCCGAGAUGAUCAAGGGAGAGGAAUGCCUCCUUGAUGUGGAAACUAAGUUGGAAAACAAUUUUGUUGAGCUUGGGAGCUCGUGGCGAGCACCUUUCUAUGAGAUGACUGUUUGCUUUCAGAAGGCUCAGAACAACGAGGAUGGUUUCUGCAAUGUCCAAAGGAGAUCCAUUCCGUUAUUUAAUAGGAUAAUCAAUGGUGAUGAAAAUGAUGACGCGGAAGGAGAAUUUCAGAGUAGACGUUAUAUUUUGCCAAAAGGAAGUUGCUUCCUGAUGACUGACUUCAGACAUGUUCGUGAUCUCAUUCCUGAUAAUUCUAAACAAGAGUACAACCUUAUUGUUAUUGAUCCACCUUGGGAGAACGGAUGUGUUCGUCAGAAAGAAGCGUAUCCUACACUUCCCAACCGAUAUUUGUUGUAUCUUCCAGUUCAAGAACUUGCCCAUCCAGCUGGAGCUCUUCUAGUUUUGUGGAUUACAAAUCGGGAGAAACUGUGGAAAUUUGUUGAGGAUGAAUUGCUUCCUUCUUGGGGAGUGAAAGAUCCCACUGUGUUUUAUUGGCUGAAGGUGAAGUCGGAUGGUUCACUGAUUGGUGAUCUAGACUUGUUCCAUCACAGGCCUUAUGAGUGCCUCCUUCUUGGCUACAUAAAUGUUAAUAAAGAAGCUGAACUAAAACCAAAAUUUAAGUUUCUAGAAGGCAGCCAAGUAAUUAUGAGUGUUCCGGGUGCACACUCAAGGAAACCUCCCCUCCAGAAAAUACUUUCAGAAUAUAUUCCUGGUACUAAACCUCCACGGUGCAUUGAGCUUUUUGCAAGAGAUUUGGGUUCUGGAUGGACCUCUUGGGGAAACGAGGCACUGCAUUUUCAGGAUUCCAUGUACUUCUCGGAGAAGUAAUUGGACAGAAGAUAAUUGUUGAACUGAAACAAGAGAUACAAUGUAUAUGGUUGUAUCUCAUGUUUUUUCUGUAAGUAGUUACUCCCUCCGUUCCUAAAUACUUGUCGUGGUUUUAGUAUUUAGGAACGGAGGGAGUACUUCUUUUUCAUUCUCUUAUAUUUUCUGGCCAUGCCUCGCAUUUUACACUGCUGUAUUUGCCUUCUCAGGUUGAUUGUCAAUCUUUUUUUAACCGACGGCAUUACAGCUUGUUGAUCUUCAGGUGCCGAAGCAAAACUCCAGCUGAUUUUGCAUAGUUCCGCUGUGUGGUCGGUUUCUUGAUCAGUGACUACUCUCAGGCGGAAACGGUAUUAGCGGUAGCUGGUUAGUAUAACAAGGUCCAUUUUUUUUUCUUUCCAAAGUUGGUAGGUUCAAUUUAUGCUAUGUUGGCUUGACGGAGAUAUGAGCCACAUUACAAUAUGCGUUCCCGCGUAGCUGUAAACUUGCUUCCGCCGGGGAAGUGAGAGCAAAGCGGCUGUAAUAGACAACUCUGGAGUGAACUUAAGUUCAUAACUUAACACCUCAAAAUUGCAGUUCA